CUAUUAUGGCUGAAAGCACGUAUAGCAAUAUGCUCUCUACUCUUCCAAACUUCCUCUUUUUACUACCCACACAGCUUUGUGUGUACAAAAGAGAAAGGGGGGGAGAGGUACAUAAGGAAGGUAUAUAUGCUCCGUUUCUACAACGUAAUACGGUUUCUUGUCUGUCUACCUAUCAAUGUACGUAUGGUUUCUAGCACAAACUAUGCGAAGACUGAAGAGUCUUUCGCAAGCCUGGUUCCCUCCAUUCCAAUUC